AUGUCCGCCAUGUCUUUUGAUGCCCUCACCCCAUACGAGGUCAUCGCCGCCGUCGCGCGGUCCGGUGUCACCCGCGGCAACAUGCGCCUUGAUAAGGUGUUUCUGAGCUCCGUCUCCGCAGGAUGUCUGCUGGCCUUCGCUUGUGGCACCGUCUUGAGCACCGGAACAACGCCAUGGUUCCAAGAAAACGCCCCAGGCUUGAUACGAACCAUUAGCGCUCUCGUUUUCCCGUAUGGCUUAUGCAUGAUCAUCCUUACUGGAGCGGAUCUCUGCACGGGAUCGUUUAUGUUUACAACAGUUGCGGCUCUGCAGCGCCAGCUCUCGUGGAAGAAGAUGCUUCUCCAUUGGUUCGUCACCUUCUGGGGUAACUUGGCGGGAUCUUUGUUUGUUGUUGCGAUCAUCUUUGGCUAUGGCAACGUCUUCUCCACUGAACCCUUCAAGUCCGCCGUCAUCACCUUCGCAACCAAGAAACAAGUCACCCCCGACUUCCACAACAUCUUCCUCCGCGGUAUCGGAUGCAACUGGUUGGUGUGUUUGGGAUGUUACUUGGGCAUCCAGGGCCGAGAGCUCUCGUCCAAGAUCAUUGGUAUUUGGCUGCCCAUUUUCGCCUUCGUCUCUCUCGGGUUCGACCACGUCGUCGCCAACAUGACCUUUAUCCCCAUGUCUAUCUGGCUCGGUGCGCCCGGCAUCAGCGUAGGCCUCUACAUCUGGAAGGGUAUCAUCCCGACCCUGCUGGGUAACAUCGUCGGUGGUGGUCUUUUUGUCGGAACCUACUACUGGUAUAUGUACCUUCUUAAAGACGAGGUUCUGACCCUCACCGGUCUGCGCAAGGGCAUGGACCGAUCCGAGGUCAACAGCGUCGCUCCUCCGGCCAAGGAGGACGUCGAGGCCUCCGCUGGAGUCGUCGACAGCAGUGGCUCGGCCAGGAGCCACUAG